UGUCCUUUGUUAAGGCACGCUCUGUGAAAGUGAAUGCAGCAAGGCGUGGUUUUUCUGCUUUCACUCCCAUUGUCAAUGAAUAGCUGCUCUAUUUUGAGUGGUCACAGAGAGGCUAAGAGGGGGCAGCAGCAGAUUUGGGAAGGCGUUUUGUCUGCUCUGGAGGGAAGCUACGGAGUUGUUUUUUAGACGGGGCGGGCGAUCUGGGACAGUCAGUCAGUCUGCAGCCAGUCAUUGCACAAAGCAGGAGUUUCCACAGCUGCGCCCUCAGCACGGUCUUUUCUUCUUGUUGGCGGACUUUUUUUUCCGAGGCUGCCGGAUCAAUACUUCUCUAACAAGUUAAGAUGCUGUACAAGUAUCACGAGACUGUUAGUUUGCCGAAGUUUUGAUUUUAUCGCACAGACGUCGGAACAUCCAUGGUUCGCUGGAAGUUUGUUUAAAAGCACUUUAAAGAAAAGAAAGAGGACUGUGAAACAACAGAGGAUUAAAUAUGCGCAAUUCUUAAGAACAUUUUUUACUGGAUUUUCUAAGAAUUUCUUAUUCUUUUCUGUAGAAACCCUUUUCGCAGCCAGAUUCUUUUUUUAACUGCCUUUGCAAGCUUCAGGAUGCGCACUAUCAUCAAGCCGAUUGCUGCUUACACUUUGCUUUUUUUGAAAACCUCGAUGCCUUUACUGCUGCUGCUGCUGCACGAUGUAUCCGGUAAUACUGGUACUUUGAAAUACAAAGUCUACGAAGAGCAAAGAGUGGGGACCGUGAUUGCCAGGCUUAAAGAAGAUACUGCUGCCGUGGUCUCCAAACUGCCUAACCCUUCUUCUGUGCGCUUUAGAUCCAUGCAGAGGAGUAGCACUCCUUUGCUUCUUGUCCGAGAGGAGGAUGGGGAGAUAAGCAUCGGGGCAAAACUCGACCGGGAACAGCUGUGCCAGAAAAACCUCAAUUGCUCGUUAGAGUUUGAUGUAGUUACCCUGCCGACAGAGUACUUGCUGAUAUUUCAUGUUGAAGUGGAAGUGUUGGAUAUUAAUGACAAUUCGCCGCAAUUUUCCAGAUCCGUUAUUCCUAUUGACAUCUCGGAGAGUGCGGCCGUGGGAACAAGAAUCCCCCUGGACAGCGCCUCUGACCCCGACGUUGCGGAAAACUCCCUGCAUACUUAUUCCUUGUCCAAAAACGACUAUUUCACGAUCGAUGUGAGAACCAGGACUGAUGGGGCCAAGUACGCCGAGUUAAUUGUCGUCAGGGAACUAGACCGAGAAAUUCAGUCUAGUUAUGAACUUAAACUAAUAGCUUCUGAUACCGGUGUGCCACCUAGAUCGGGCUCAACCCUGAUUAAAAUCAGCAUUGCUGAUUCAAAUGAUAAUAGCCCGGUUUUUGAAAAACAGUCUUAUGUUAUACAUCUGCCAGAAAACUCUCCCGUGGGGUCUUUGUUAAUCGACCUAAAUGCUACAGAUCCAGAUGAGGGCAGUAAUGGGAAAGUAGUAUAUUCUUUCAGCAGCCACGUGUCUCCCAAAAUUUUGGAGACUUUCAAAAUCAACCCAGAAAAUGGCCAUCUUACUCUUCUCAAGCCAGUUGACUUUGAAGCUACCACAUCUUAUGAGAUUGAUGCGCAAGCUCAGGAUCUGGGACCCAAUUCCAUUCCUGCACACUGUAAAAUUAUCAUUAAAGUUGUGGAUGUCAAUGAUAACAAACCUGAGAUCAAUAUUAAGCUAAUGAAUCCAGAGGAGGAAGCCCAUAUUUCAGAAGCAACUGCAAAAGGUACUUUUGUAGCUCUUGUAUCUGUAGAAGACAAAGACUCGGGCGUUAAUGGAGAGAUUGUGUGCAGGCUGCAUGGCCAUGGCCAGUUCAAACUUCAGAAACAUUAUGAAAACAACUACGUCAUCUUAACAAAUGGAUCAUUAGAUAGAGAAAAGAGAUCUGAAUAUAGUCUGACUGUUAUUGCAGAGGACAAAGGGAUCCCAAGCCUUUCUACAAUUAAACACUUCACAGUUCAGGUCCUGGAUGAAAAUGACAAUCCACCUCGUUUUCAGAAGAACAGGUAUGAGAUUUUCAUGUCAGAAAACAACUCUCCUGGAGCCUAUAUAACAUCAGUAAUAGCCACUGACCCUGAUCUUGGAGAAAAUGGACAGGUUACCUACACCAUCCUGGAUAGCUUUAUCUUAGGAAGCUCCAUAACAACUUAUGUGACUAUUGAUCCAUCUAAUGGAGCCAUUUAUGCCCUAAGAAGUUUUGAUCAUGAAGACAUCAAUCGAAUUGCUUUUGUAGUUCAAGCAAGAGAUGCAGGUCGAAACCCACUUAGCAGUAACAUCACUGUGGUCCUUACCAUAAUUGAUGAAAAUGACAACCCACCAGCUAUUAUCUAUCCAGUCAUACACAACCAUACAGCAGAAAUUUCUAUCCCUAAAGAUGCUGAAGCUGGCUAUCAAGUUGUUGCUAUUACUGCCACCGACAGGGAUUCUGGCAUCAAUUCUGAACUUUCUUGCUCUAUUAUACCAAGCAGUCAAUGCAAUUUUUUCACCAUAGACCCAAAGAACUGCAAGAUCUACACCAAUGUUAGCAUGGAAAAUGUUUCCUUGCAAGAAAUGGAAAUUAUAGUUCAGGUCCAAGAUAAGGGAAGCCCACAGUUAAGUACAAGAGCAACCUUCAAAUGCGUUUUAUAUGAAAACUUGGACAUUCUUUUUCAGCCAACUCCAACAACCAGCAGCCAGCCUGCACUAGACGUCCCUAUGAUUAUAAUAAUUUCACUAGCAGCCAUAUGUGGAGUCCUUCUAGUGAUUAUGGUGAGGUUUGCCACUAGAUGCAACAGGGAGAAGAAAGACACUCGAUCUUAUAACUGCAGGGUGGCUGAGUCCACUUAUCAAAACCAUCCAAAAAAGCCUUCAAGGCAGAUACACAAAGGGGACAUCACUUUGGUGCCAACUGUAAAUGGAACAUUGCCUAUCAGGUCUCAUCAUAGAUCACCUUCUUCAUCACCCACCUUGGAAAGAGGCCAGAUGAGCAGCAGACAGAGUCACCACAGUCGCCAGUCACUAAACAGCCUGGUUACGAUAUCCUCCAAUCAUAUACCUGAGACAUUCCCCCUUGAACUUGCACACACCACUCCACAAGUGGAGCAAGUCUCACAGCUUCUAUCCAUGCUUCAUCAGGGCCAGUACCAGCCGAGGCCAAGUUUCCGUGGGAACAAAUAUUCACGAAGCUAUAGAUAUGCCUUGCAAGACAUGGAUAAAUUCAGUCUCAAGGACAGUGGCCGUGGUGACAGUGAAGCUGGAGACAGCGAUUACGAUUUGGGUCGUGACUCUCCAAUUGACAGACUUCUGGGUGAAGGCUUCAGUGACCUUUUCCUAACAGAUGGUCACCACAGACUACAAACAGCAAUGAAGUUAUGCACAGAUGAAUGCAGACUUCUUGGGCAUUCUGAUCAGUGCUGGAUGCCACCUUUGCCCUCUCCCGUUUCUUCUGAUUACAGAAGCAAUAUGUUUAUUCCUGGGGAAGACACUCCUCAGCCGCCUGUUGAGGAUGACUGCCAGUCAGUAGACUCAAAUGACCGAAAGAAAAGUUUUUCAACUUUUGGCAAAGACCCUAAUGCUGCAAACGAAGAGAGUUCUGAUCUAUGCAGCACUUCUCUGCUUUCAGAAAUGAAUAGCGUCUUCCAGCGUUUGCUGCCUCCUUCACUGGACACUUUUAUAGAGUGUAAUGAAGUCGAAAGAGUGAGCUCUUUGGAGCGCAGAAAGGGACACUUGCCAGGGAAGUCUUUGGCGUAUCCUCAGGGUGUGGCCGCCUGGGCAGCUAAUACUCAUUUUCAGAACCCUGGCAGCAGUAUUGGGCCAACUCAAGUGAAUCACAUGAGUAUGCAGCCCGGCUCCAAGUGGCUUCCAGCUAUGGAAGAAAUUCCAGAGAACUAUGAGGAGGAUGAAUUUGACAAUGUCCUCAACCAGUUCCACGUGAGCAGAAGUGACAGUAGGCAUGAAAUCAUGGACGCAAGUGAGCUAGUCGCGGAAAUUAAUAAACUUUUACAAGACGUCCGGCAGAGCUAGGCGUAGUAACAGCUGAACACUGAAUAUUUUCCAGAUUUAUGGAAACCCCUUAGAAACAAAGAAAACUGCAGCAAACGUGCAGCUGCAUUUAUCUUGUACAUGUGUCUGUGAAUGAUAAUUUUUUGUGAAUAUGUUGUAUUUUCUUGUUAUGUACACAGUGUGCACAAUGUGAGUGUUAUUAUCUUUGUAUUUUAAAAAUACAUUUGUACUCCUAUUUAUAUUAUAUAAAUUUAAUCAAUAAAAUCUAUUUUUAUAUA